UUGUGCACAAAUCUCAUAAUCCUCGUGGGAUUAUUCGAACAGUCGAGUGUCAUGUUGUAAAAACAGUACUGAAUUCACACGAUUAAAUCAGAUAAAGUUAGAAAGAUUAACUACUUUCUAAAGUCUGAUAUGGAUAUGCUGAAUACAGCAUGUUAGAACAAUAAAAGAUCCAAAUAAACUUUUUACAGAAGUUUGUAUAUGCUAUCACAGACUGCACUUUCCAAUGAUAUUUAUGCGAUUUUAAAUAUUGAAUUGUUACUUAAUAUUUAAAGUAACGCAUCUUUUUAUCUGUUUUCUAACACUUACAGUAUUUAUUUAAAUUAUACUCUACUUAGUAAUGCGGUUUGUAUUGGUGAUUGAUGAACUGAUAUGAAUCGAUUUUAUGAAAAGAAAAAAAAAAGAUUAUUUUAUUGUUCUGGUGAUGCUAUAUUUUAUGUGCUUAUUAUAUGCAACUUAAAAUGUUUCUUUAAAUUAUAGUCUAUUUAGUAAUGUGUUUUAUUUCGGUGAUUAAUGAACUGAUAUGAACUUAUUAUAUUAAAAAUAUUAAAAUAUUAUUUGAUUUUAUUGUGCUGGUUAUGCUUUAUUUUUAAGGUGUCAUUAUUAUAUAGCACUUAAAAUAUACUCUAUUUAGUGAUGUGGCUUACUUUGUUAUUACUGAACUGAUUUUAUAUAUAUAAAAAAUGUUUUUAUUCCUAUUUGUAUUUGUAUUUUAUUGGGUACACAUUAUUUUAAGGUGAACUUGUUAGUUAGAGUGUAUUUAUCCAUUCAAGUACUGAGUAACAGCAUGCAUUUAUUAAUAGGGCUACAAUUGGGGUAUAGGGUUAGUUUAAUGUAAUUAUGCAUAAUGUAUAAUUUUUACUAGCUUUAAUAAUUUGUGUAACAAGGACACUGACAAAUAAAUAAAAUGUUAUGAACAGUAAACGUUUUUUACACAUGCAGUAAGGAAGUAAAAUAAAUGUGAACAGUAUUAGGGUCAGAGUCACUAAAGUGACCCGCAGUCACGUGAUGCCGUUCAGUUCCGCCGCGCCGAAGGUGCGCUCCAGCUGCGUCGCGUUUGAGCACCGGCGUUCAGUGCGCUUCAUUCACCAUCAUCACCAUCACCAUCAUCAUGAUGAUGACACGCGUGCGGUCCGCGGUCUCCAGCAUCAUCGGCGGCAUCAUGGCCUCUGGUUCCAGCGCGCAGGAGAUCCGUCCGGACCCGCCGCUCCGGUUCCCGUACAGCAGACCGGAUUUCCUCGCGCUGUCUCCAGACGAGGUGGAGUGCUCUGCGGAUCACAUCUCCAGACCCAUCCUCAUCCUCAAGGAGAUGAAGCUGCCCUGGGCCGCCGGUUACGCGGAGGUGAUCAAUGCCGGGAAAAGCCCCCUAAACGAGGACCAGGCGUGCUGUGAGGUGGUAGAGCUCAGGAGACGACCCGCAGACCCAUCCAGCCCCAGCUACACGCCCACCAGGAGACGCUCCUCGCUGCCCAGCGCAGACCUCCUGGAGUCCAUCGACAGCUCAGAGGUGAAGGAACUGAACUUCCACUACUGGGCUCUGUUUGACGGUCACGGCGGCUCCGGAGCCGCGGUUUUCACAGCCAAGUUCCUCCACCUGCACAUCGAGGAGCAGCUGCAAGAGGUGCUGGAGAUCCUGCAGAACCCGUCUCUCCAGCCGCCCACCUGUCUGGGCGAGGAGAACCCCGUCCAUCACCUCCACCCAUCUGCCAGAUGCUCCCAGCGGGGCCUGUCCCGGGCUGCUUCUCUCAGAGGGGCCGCCGGGGCCCCGGGGCCCCCAAAUACAGUGGCCCCGCGGUUCUUCAUGGAGAAGAAGAUCAAACAGGAGAGUCUGGUGGUGGGAGCCAUAGAGAACGCCUUCAAGGAGAUGGACGCUCAUAUCGCUCGAGAGAGGAUGCUUUACUCUGUAUCUGGAGGAUGUACCGCUCUAGUGGUGGUGUAUUUACUUGGAAAACUGUACGUGGCCAACGCUGGUGACAGCAGGGCUCUGAUCAUCCGUGGAGGAGAGAUCAUUCCCAUGUCCAGCUCCUUCACUCCUGAAUCAGAGCGCCAGAGACUUCAGUUCCUGGCUCACCUGCAGCCGUCGCUGCUGGGAAACGAUUUCACACACUUGGAGUUUCCCAGAAGGGUCACAAAGAAGGAGGUUGGGAAGAGAAUGCUGCACCGAGACUUUACCAUGAACGGAUGGGCCUACAAAACAGUCCAGGAGGAAGAUCUGAAGUUUCCACUCAUAUUCGGAGAGGGAAAAAAGGCUCGUGUUUUGGCCACCAUCGGCAUCACUCGUGGACUCGGAGAUCACGACCUGAAGGUUCACGACUCAGACAUCGCUAUCAAGCCGUUUCUCUCCUGUUCUCCAGAGGUGAAGAUCUAUAAUCUCUCUGAGUAUGAGCAUGGCGCUGAUGAUGUCAUGAUCCUGGCUACAGAUGGACUCUGGGACGUGCUGUCUAAUCAGGAAGUGUCAGAGGCGGUAUCUGGUUUCCUUGGAAACUGUGACCCUGAUGACCAGCACAGGUACACAAUGGCAGCUCAAGACCUGGUGAUGAAGGCCCGAGGUGUCCUGAGGGACCAAGGCUGGAGAAUCGCCGGAGACCGGCUCGGCUCUGGAGAUGACAUUUCGGUCUUUAUAAUUCCUCUAAUGCACGGCAAUAGCCAACAGCCUCAGCCUAGCUGACCAAUCAGAGGGCUGGGCGCCAACCGAAUCGGACCGAAUCCGUCUUUAACCCAGCAUUCAAAUGCUCUGACUGCGUCCUGCUGGAGUUUAAGGAACCCGUUGUGCUUCUGAACUCAUUUACAAUAUGAACACUUGCUUUUAAGACUUAGAAGUCGACGACUGCUGACUUUGAAGGCCCACGUCAACGUUCCCUACCCCCGCGUGGGUUGGUGGGAUCAGUAUAUAAGUUAUAACUUUGCACAAUGACUAAAGGAGGGUCCGGUUCUUUGAAGUUUUCCGUGGACAAAUGCGCACCCUCCACAGUUUGUUUAUCCGGACUCAUCUGGCAGCUAGGCGAAACCAACCAUGUUUUGUUUUUCUUUUCCGGAUAUUAAUUCAUCCUCUGAAUGUUUAGAUUGUGGAUUUGUUUUUUGGGUUCCCUGAAAAAAAAAUCAAAGCAAUUCUGGCUGUUAUUUGUACAUCCUGUUUUUAGUGACUCCAAGUUACUGUAAAUGAAAAAUGAGGAUUGUUUUUGUUUCUCCUGUGUUCUGUAAAUUUGCAAUAGGUACUAAGCUAAAUAAUGCCAAUCUGAUCUUCCAUUCAUCACGGUAAGAUUCUUAGAAUGAUACAUUUUCAAGGAACAAUAAAUCAUGUGUCCGAAGAUG